CGGGGCAAGGCGAGGGAGAGCGGCGGCGAAUACAACAGAAGCUUCAGGGCGGGCCGGGUGCCUUGGAGGCGAAAAAGUAAUUUUGCUCGGCCUUGCCCAGGAAACAUUCGCGACGCGUUGUGGCUCCGAAAUCAUCUCAAUGUCCAAGAAGAUGAUCAGCUGCCCUACAGAAACCAAGCAGUGCAACCAGACUGAGGUGGAAAAUGGACACCCCACUCUCUUGCCUCCUACUUGUGGCACAAACUCGGUGGAGGAGAUGGUACAGCAGAUGAAAGAACUCAUCACUGAGAAUAAUGAGCUGAAAGAAGCUAUGAGGCAACGCAACCAAGCAAUGAAGGAUCGCUUUGAAGAACUUUCUGUGUGGAGGGAGAAACUGAAAGAAGAGCGUGGGUUUUAUGAAUCCAAAUUCAAGGAAGCUCGGCACUGUUUGGCAGCCAAAUGUGUUGAAAAUGAUAUGCUUAAAAAACAACUCCAAACUCUUGAAGAAAGGAAGGAAGGAUUCACAAAUGAAUACACAGUUUACCAGAAGGAGAUGGCCCAAGAACUGGAGCAGCUGAAGAUGCAAGUGACAAAGCUCCAGGCAGAGAAGGCUGAUCUGGUGGCCAUCAUUUCAGAGCUGCAGCUGAAGCUGAACAGCGCAACCACUGAAGACUCAUUUGUUGAGAUCAGGAUGCACGAAGGAGAAGUAAAUGGAUCUUUGAAAGAAAAUCCAGAGCUGAAGGGCAAGAAGAAGGGGGACUCGGCUACCUGUGUUAAAAGCAGGUCUGCAGAUGAAACAAAAACCUAUUUGGAGUCUGAAGAAUUAACUGUCAGCCAGCUUCUUCAUUGCCUCAGGAAUGAAACUCAGGGGAGGGAAGCAUUGGAAAAGGAACUUCAGGAGCACAAGGACAGGCUGUUGAGGAUGGAGAAGAAAGCAGACAACCAUUUGGAAAGAGGCACUCAGACAGAACAAGAGGAGAAGAGUGAUGACACAGAAGGCAGAGCAGAGAGUGUGGACAAUGAAGUAGAAACUCUAAAUCUGCAAGUUUCUGCCUUGUUCAGAGAACUUCAGGAGACGCAUGCUAAGUUGAAAGAAGCUGAGCUGCUCCAGAAGAAGCUACAAGAAAAAUGCCAGGUGGUUGAAAGGAAACACUGCACCAGCAUAGGAGAUCUGGAUGAAAAGCAGCAGCUGCUGUAUACCAUUAAGAAGCUGGAACUUCAGGUGGAGAGCAUGCAGUCAGAGAUCAAGCUGGAACAGGUCAAAACCAAUGAAGAGAAAGUCAAGUUUAAUAAGUUGCAGGAGGCAUACAGCAAGCUCCUUUCGGAGCUGACCAGUGCCUUGAAAACAGCUGAAGACCUGAAAGCCAAGGAGGCCGAGAGGGUGGACAAGGCUGUGGCUGAGGAACUGACGCACAGGCUGGAGCUUGCUGAGAAAGCGCUGGCUACCAAACAGCUCCAGAUAGAUGAAAUGAAGCAGGCCAUUGCCAAGCAGGAGGAAGAACUGGAGACAGUGGCAGUCCUCCGGGCUCAGAUGGAGCUGUAUUGUUCUGAUUUCCAUGCUGAAAGAGCAGCACGGGAAAAGAUCCAUGAGGAAAAAGAACAGUUAACUGUGCAGUUAGCCUACUUGCUGGCUGAGAAACAUGACCGUGAAGAUCACAGCAGGAACUCCUUGGCAGAAUUGCAGACUCGCCAUAGGGCUAGAAUUCUCUCAGGUCAAGACAACAUAGCUAAUUUUAACCAAGAAGAAACAGAAGAACAGGUCUGGCAGCAGAGGAAUAUCCCAAUACAUUCUUGCCCCAAAUGUGGAGUGAUUCUUCCUGAUAUAGACACGCUUCAGAUACAUGUUAUGGACUGCAUCAUCUAAGCUCUGUCCUCAAAAUGCGUAUAAGCAAGAACUGCACUUUAUCAGCAAACAUAUAUCCAACAGCAACAGCCUUCAAAUAGAGAGAGCAUAGUCUUUGAAAACUAAUCUGCACAUUUUCCUAUUGAUUUCAAGAGGAUAUGUUCAUCCCUUUUUAAUUUUUCAAUAUUUGUACCAAUCAUUUAGCUUGGGGGGGAAGAAUUAUUCUCGUUGAAAGCUGUGAUCACGUCUCUCUUCAACAAGCUGGGAUUUUAAUUCAUUAGAGCUAAAGAACCUGGCACUGUAAUGACUAUUUGAACUACAGAGGACAAAAGAAAAUUCGUUCUAGUGAAUUCAUUAAGAGCUGAACGUAUGUAUGUGCCCAUACAUGAUUGUGCAUCUGUGCAGUCUGAUAUAUGCCCACAUAGGUACAGCAGCCUGUGUCCCUAUGUGCUUGUCUCAGGUGCGUCCUAUGCAUCUGCUUGAGUUUCUAUGCCCACGUGUUGAGGCAUGAGCAUGUGUUCGUGUACAGGUUUGCACUUAAGCCAGUAAAUUAGUGAAAGACGUUUUGGUGGUCGGUUCAGUCAGGAAGAGAAAUUUUUGAGCUCAGGUGUCCUAAGAUCCUGUACUGGAGGCUGUGGCUCACUGGUAGUAUGUCAUUGUCACAUUCUUGAACAUGGUGUUGGCCUCCUUCAGCUGCUGUGUGUGCCCUGCGCUCUCCAAGAUGGUGCAAACGGCUGCCUGAGUCUUGGUCUUGUUAAGUAAGUGUGGAAUUGAAAAGGAUGUGGACAAGAAAUGUCAAGGAGCCAAACUGAGUUCUGAUUUCACUUGUCAGUUCAACUCAUUUCUAAUCGGGGAAUUAAUACUAUAUAUUUGAGACUCCUUUUAUAGCAUACUAUACUUACUGAAUACUUGAAACAAAAUCUUAUUCUCUCUUUUUUUACAAGGAUACCUUAGUA